CAAAAGACAGUGCAAUUUCAACUCUGAAGCUAUAGUUGGCAGACAGACGAGUGUCCAGACAUGAGGACCAAGUUGGAGAUCGUAGGUUUGGUCGCCGGCAUACUCGGGCUCGUAGGAGUUAUCAUCGUCACGGCGCUGCCCAACUGGAAAGUGACGGCCUACAUUGGUGCCGACAUUAUCGUCAUGGAGACACUCUGGGAAGGGCUGUGGAUGAACUGCCAAAAGCAGUCGAUCUUCCGUAUACAGUGCAAGGUGUACGACUCGGUGCUCAUCCUGCCCCCGGACAUGCAGGCGGCCCGCGGACUCAUGUGCUGCUCCAUCAUCCUGGCUCUCUUCGCCGUCCUCAUGUCGGGAUGUGGCAUGCAGAGUUCCAACUGCUGCCAGGAAGACCCCCGGAAAAAAAGCCAUGUUGUCCUGGUUGGCGGCUGCAUCUUCCUUCUGUCCGGUCUUACCACGCUUAUCCCCAUCUGCUGGACGGCUAACACCAUCAUCCGGGAUUUCUACAACCCGCUGCUGGUCGACGCGCAGAAGCGGGAGCUGGGGGAGGCGCUCUACACUGGAUGGGCAACUGCUGGCCUGCUAGCGGUGGCUGGAAUCAUUCUCAUCUGGUGCUCUUGCCAGCACUCCGAGGAGGAUGAGGAGAAACCCGGCCCUGAUUACACUGCAGUCAAGUCCAGCGAGAAGCUAUCCCGAGUUCACAGUAGGAGCGCGUACGUAUGAAAGACCUGUGACUCAAACCCAGAAGAAGACCGGAGAGAGAGAGAGAGGACUGAGUUGUCUCAUGUAUUAGGAACCCUGAAGACGCCAUGACCCUCUUGCAUGCAAAUAGUCUGAUGAUGUAUUCAUUUAAAUGUACAUUGUUCAUUUAAAAAAAUAUAGUCACAGCUGACAUUGUAUUAUUACUUCUUUGCAAGAUUUGCAUUCUGUUUAUAAUUCAGAAGAAAUUAUACACUGGAAUAAGAGCUGUUAAAAUUCCCUUGUUUUGUAUUGUGUACUGCUUUUUAAAUAAGUGCUUUAAAUAAAAAAACUGUCUUGAUAA